UGAUCACCUGCUUUCAGCCUACUAUCAGUUUGACUAAUCCAAGUCUGCCAUCUGUCAUAUGCAGGGCAGAAGCAGCUUCGAAUACUGCAAUGUUAUGGAUACCAUUAGCAUAGGAGUGCAAGCCAUGGUUUUAAAAUCAAUUUUCUAACCUGAUACUUGCACUAGCAGUGCUGUAUUAUCACUGGCCCCUCCCCUUUCUGUUGAAAAUCACUUGGCUGUUUUAUUUUGUACUUCAGUUUGGAUUAGGCAGAUAUUUUAAAGACAGCGCAACAGAUGAAAAGUUGCAUCUGCUUCCUGGUACCCAUCACGUCAUGUGUUAUAGUUCAAACUCAAUCCAGCGAAGCAGCAAUCGGACCGUGUGAUUUGCAGGAAAAAUACCAGGAUACAGAAGUUAUAGAUAGCAGCUAGAUCUAUAGAUUUAUAGCCUUGCAUUUUCAAAAAUACGUGAAUCUGUAAUGCAAGAGUUAGCCCAGUAACAUUGAAAUGUCUUUGUGAUACUAGUUACAAGAUACAGGACCUAUCAGCUUCAGCUACUGCAGACUACGUUUUCCAACUGUUCAGCUGGACACGAAAAAAAAAAAAAAAAUAAUGGAAAACCUGGACAGGCUGAAUCCCUAAAUCUGUAAAGCUGUAGAACAGCUACCUGUAAACAGAAAAAGCAUCUGUAGAUGGGCAUGUUGAUACAACUGACAGCUGGAUCUCUUGCUGGACCUUUGACCAGAGUUACCAUUGCAAAAGAUAAGGAUGGAAAACAGAAAUCAUAUGGCUUUGUUUGCUAUAAGCACAGAGAGGCUGUGCCUUACGCCAUAGCUUUGCUGAAUGGAAUCCGUUUGUACGGAAGACCAAUCAAGCUCCAGUACAGAUUUGGCAGCUCCCGUACAUCUAAUACAGGUAGUUUUUACCCAGGUUCAGACAACAGUCCGUACAGAACUCCUCAAGGCAGUUGUGGGUAGGUGUUACAUAAUACAAACAACGGGGGCUAAUGCGCAUCUCUCAUCAGUGAACCCAUUACAGUAC